UUUCGGUCACACUGCGGCUGAAGGUUGCGUCGGCGCCGUUUCCUUCGGUUUUGAUAGCGAUUUUUGUUUUAAAUUCAAAACAAGUGAUUGCAGGAAAUGUUUAUAAAAGAUUAAGCUAAUCCGUGAAUGCAACGCUAUCAAGCAACAUAUAUAGGAUAUUCUCGGCUGCGUCGCCGCCUGUUGCUCAUUGCAUGUGGCUGUGUAUGUGUGUGUGUGAUGGAUGUGUGCGUGUCACAGCUGUGCCUUCGAUAUUGUUUAUAAUUUUUUUGCCUCCAUAUCCCACAGGCGGUAAGUAUGCAAAUGCAUGCUGAACAAUCCGGUCGGUUGCCGUUUCCACUAGUCGUCGUCGACUCGCGCGUUUUGUUCGCCGCGUAAACGAAAGUGAUUUUUUGCCGGCUGUUCCGGGUGCCGCCGCCACCGUCGCGCGUUUCGAUCGGGUCAUUGCUUCAAAUUGCUCAAUCAACGGCACUUGUGACCAUCAUCGGCAUCAUCAUCAUCUCUCGUUAUGAUGAUGAGCACUAAGAUGCAGAGGAAUGCCCAUAACCAUGGCAGCAUCAAGUCUUCAGCCUCCCUCCGCUCCAGCAGCAAAUCCUUUCAGGCCAAAAUGGACAAAAUGUCGGAGCGGCUGUACGAUGUUGUCAAGAGCGGCUCCAUGGUGAAGCGGGCACAAAACAAGAAGCGUUUCACGCCGGUCAACUAUAAACAUCGUUGGUUUGAGCUAACCAAGCGGACACUCUGCUAUUUCGAUGUGGAGAAUGUGGAGCGGAGACGCGAACGCGGCCGAAUACAGUUGAAGGGCGUACGCCUUGUGGAGGAGGCGACCGUCAACGGAGAGGGCGGCGAUCCCUUUGCACCGGAUGGUUAUCCAUUCCAAGUGGGCUACUGUGAGAUUUCCUCAUCGCAAAAGCACCAGCAGCAGCAGACGGAGUUGCAAGAUCGAUCUGGGGUCGAGGGACAGCAGCAGCAACAGCAGCAGAACGGUGGUCGAGCCGUGCCCCAGUACACACUCUACGUGAUAGCCAACAGCGAAAAGGAGCGCAACGAGUGGAUCCGUGCCAUACGACAAGUUUGCGAGGACAGCAAUACCCCCAAGUCAUAUCGAUAUCAUCCGGGUCUGUGGUCUGGCAAAAAGUGGAGCUGCUGCAAGGGUCUCUCACGCACCACAUUCGGAUGCCGAGCGGCUGCCCAUUGGCGCGAGGCGAACAAUAAUCCAAGCAACGGCAGUUCUCCAGCCCAGAAUUCAACGCGCAGCAUCAGUCCGAACAGUUCCACGACCAACAGUCAAUUCAGUUUGCAGCACAACAGCUCCGGGAGCCUCUCGGGCGUCGGUGUGGGCAACGGCAACGGCGUCGUCGUCGGCGGCGGAGGAGGAGGCGGUGGCAGCAUUGGCCUGGGAGUAGGCGGAGGAGGCGGCAGUUGCACGCCCACAUCGCUGCAGCCACAGUCCUCGCUGACAACUUUCAAGCAAUCGCCAACUUUACUGAACGGCAACGGAACUCUAUUGGAUGCCAAUAUGCCUGGGGGUAUACCAACGCCUGGAACUCCAAAUUCCAAAGCCAAGGACAAUUCACAUUUUGUCAAAUUGGUGGUGGCCCUGUAUCCCUUCAAGGCCAUCGAAGGUGGAGAUUUAUCUCUAGAAAAGAAUGCCGAGUACGAGGUCAUUGAUGAUUCACAAGAGCACUGGUGGAAGGUCAAGGAUACUGUAGGAAAUGUCGGCUACAUACCCAGCAACUAUGUCAAACCCAAGGCUCUGUUGGGCCUCGAACGCUACGAAUGGUAUGUGGGCGACAUGUCACGACAACGCGCCGAAUCUCUAUUGAAACAGGGCGACAAGGAGGGCUGCUUUGUGGUGCGCAAGUCAUCGACCAAGGGUCUCUACACACUAUCGCUGCAUACCAAAGUUCCACAAUCCCAUGUAAAGCACUAUCACAUCAAACAGAAUGCCCGCUGCGAGUAUUAUCUGAGCGAGAAGCACUGCUGCGAGACCAUACCGGAUUUGAUCAACUAUCAUCGCCACAAUUCCGGUGGCUUGGCCUGCCGCUUGAAGUCGUCGCCCUGCGAUCGUCCAGUGCCACCGACAGCGGGACUAUCCCACGACAAAUGGGAGAUCCAUCCGAUGGAGCUGAUGCUCAUGGAGGAGCUGGGAUCGGGACAGUUUGGGGUGGUGCGACGUGGCAAAUGGCGUGGCUCGAUAGACACCGCCGUCAAGAUGAUGAAGGAGGGCACCAUGUCCGAGGAUGAUUUCAUCGAAGAGGCCAAGGUCAUGACCAAGCUGCAGCACCCGAAUCUGGUGCAGCUGUACGGCGUCUGCUCGAAGCAUCGACCCAUCUACAUUGUCACCGAGUACAUGAAGCACGGCUCGCUGUUGAACUACUUGCGGCGGCACGAGAAGACCCUCAUUGGCAAUAUGGGCCUGCUGCUCGACAUGUGCAUACAGGUCAGCAAGGGCAUGACCUAUCUGGAGCGCCACAACUACAUCCAUCGCGAUUUGGCGGCGCGCAAUUGUCUCGUGGGCUCCGAGAAUGUCGUGAAAGUGGCAGACUUUGGCCUGGCCCGCUAUGUGCUCGAUGACCAGUACACCAGCUCUGGCGGCACCAAGUUUCCCAUCAAAUGGGCACCGCCCGAGGUCCUCAACUACACGCGAUUCUCGUCGAAAAGUGAUGUGUGGGCUUAUGGUGUUUUGAUGUGGGAGAUAUUCACCUGUGGCAAGAUGCCCUAUGGCCGUCUAAAGAACACUGAGGUUGUGGAGCGUGUGCAACGCGGAAUUAUCCUAGAGAAACCAAAGUCGUGUGCCAAGGAGAUCUAUGAUGUCAUGAAGUUGUGCUGGUCACAUGGUCCCGAAGAGCGUCCUGCGUUCCGUGUGCUCAUGGAUCAGCUGGCUCUUGUGGCCCAGACGCUAACCGACUAAGCACCGAUCAUGCACUGAACUUAACUUACAGAAAGGCAUUAAGCAUAAGAAAUAUAUAUUAUAUAUAGAGAUCGAAAUAAGUUUUUAGUUAAGCGAAAGCCAGUUUAUGAUUAUUAUCCGCAGCCCCCUGACAUAUAUAUGGAUGUAUUUGGAUAGAGAGCCACAGACAGAAACAGAAACAGAAACAGAAAUAGAGACAGAGACAGAGCUGAUGGGCGAAUGAUAUCAUUAUGUUAACUGUUAGUUAUAGUAGACGACGCAAGAGCAAAGGCAAACGCAAACGCAGCAAAACUAACAGUCACAUAUAUAAAGUAUAGUAAACUGUAGUUAAUAGUCCAAUUUUUGAUACAUAUUUCCACACACGAAGGCAUAACGAUGAUACAGGACGGAAGGAUUGGAAGUUUAAGAUACAUACACUAUAUAUAUAUAUAUACGAUAUAUACCAUACCAUAAAUGAUAAAUGAUAUGUAAUUGUGCUUUUUUAAAAAUAGCUAGAGGGAGGGAGAGCGCGUCCAAGUGCUGAUUAAAAUAAUUACGAGUAUCUCUAAAGAAAAACAAAAAAACAAACAAGAAAACUGAUUAAGCAUUAAAAAAAAAACUAAAACUUAAGCCUCAAGUCGAAAGCGAAAUGUUUUGCACACACGUACACACACACACAACUGAAUGGAUGGAUGAUCCAGGAUCCCACAAGGAUAAUGGAUGGACAAUUUUUUAGUUUAGUUUUUUAUGUGUGCGCCUUAGCCUAAGUUUUGUGAUUUAUUGUUUAAUUUUUGCAUCAGAUUUUUAUUAUACACUUACGAUGAUUACGAUAAUGAUGAUGAUAACGAUAAUAAUUUCUCUCCCACGCUCAAAGUAUGAAUCAAAAGUACGAGACGAGACAUUUAUAUGCUUUAUAUUUUUUAAACUGAAUUCUUAUGUAUUUUUUUUAAAUCAAAUCAAAUCGCUCAAAUGAUAUACACAUAUAUCUCUAUACAUAUUUUACUUGUACUUUUAUGAAGAGUUUUACUUAAUUAAUUUUAUCAUUUUGUAUAAGCAAAAACACACACAAACAAACGAGAGAGAGAAAACAGAAACACACAGAAAAAAUUCGAAAUAAAAAUGUAUGAUGAACAUUUAUGUUAAACUUUUA